GCCCGGAGGCUGUCGGGAAGUAGGCGGGGUGACGUGGGGUUGACGAGCUCAGCGGCGGGUUUGCCGAGAUCUGUGGCCGGCGGCAGCUGGUGCAGGGGGCUGCCUAGAGCGUGAGGUGGAGCGGGGCGGUGUGUGGCCGGGGCCAUGACGGUCAAUGCCGGGGAGUGGUGCCUCAUGGAAAGUGACCCCGGCGUCUUCACCGAGCUCAUUAAAGGAUUCGGUUGCCGAGGAGCCCAAGUAGAAGAAAUAUGGAGUUUAGAGCCUGAAAAUUUUGAAAAAUUAAAGCCAGUUCAUGGGUUAAUUUUUCUUUUCAAGUGGCAGCCAGGAGAAGAACCAGCAGGCUCUGUGGUUCAGGACUCCAGACUUGACACGAUAUUUUUUGCCAAGCAGGUAAUUAAUAAUGCUUGUGCCACUCAAGCCAUAGUAAGUGUGUUAUUGAACUGUACCCAUCAAGAUGUCCAUUUAGGAGAGACAUUAUCAGAGUUUAAAGAAUUUUCACAAAGUUUUGAUGCAGCUAUGAAAGGUUUGGCACUGAGCAAUUCAGAUGUGAUUCGACAAGUACACAACAGUUUUGCCAGACAGCAAAUGUUUGAAUUUGAUGCAAAGACAUCAGCAAAAGAAGAAGAUGCUUUUCACUUUGUCAGUUAUGUUCCUGUUAAUGGAAGACUGUAUGAAUUAGAUGGGUUAAGAGAAGGACCAAUUGAUUUAGGUGCAUGCAAUCAAGAUGAUUGGAUCAGCGCAGUGAGGCCAGUCAUAGAAAAAAGGAUACAAAAGUACAGUGAAGGCGAAAUUCGAUUUAAUUUAAUGGCCAUUGUGUCUGACAGAAAAAUGAUAUAUGAGCAGAAGAUAGCAGAGUUACAAAGACAACUUGCAGAGGAACCCAUGGAUACAGAUCAAGGUAAUAAUAUGUUAAGUGCUAUUCAGUCAGAAGUUGCCAAAAAUCAAAUGCUUAUUGAAGAAGAAGUACAGAAAUUAAAAAGAUACAAGAUUGAAAAUAUCAGAAGGAAGCAUAAUUAUUUACCUUUCAUUAUGGAAUUGUUAAAAACUUUAGCAGAACACCAGCAGUUAAUACCGUUAGUAGAGAAGGCAAAAGAAAAACAGAAUUCAAAGAAAGCUCAGGAAACCAAAUGAAGAGUAAGCUUUGGGAUGUCUACACAUUUCUGCUUCUGCACUUAUUUUCAUGGAAACCAUUAAGUACAAAUUUUGAGCAACAUCCUAAUUGGCUUGGUGCACGUUUGGCAGUAGUACCAGUCUGUCUUGUCUUUAAUGCAUGGAUUCAUCAACUUUUUCCUUACCUGCAUUAUGUGCAUGUAAUGCAUAUUAAAUAAAAGUGAUAUUAAGAGUAUUUGCCCAAAUCCCAUUAUUUGACAUUGGAUCUGAGAACUGAUGGUUUUCCUGGAUGUAUAACUACUGUAAUGAACCUUUGAAAAUGCACAAAUGAUAUUCUCUACCUUUAAUUGUUCUAAUUAAUCUUUUGAUCAGUUAAGCACUUAGUUUGUAAAUGUCAGGUCUUUAUUAAACUGGAUCUCCUGUUUCUUCUCAUUAAUGGAAAAAAAAAGAUUAGUAUUUCUACCUUUGACACCUGAGUGUUUUAAGGAUUUUAAAACUGAAUUUUAUCUCCUAUAUCAAUUAUUUGAAAAAAUGUGAUUUUAAUGCAGAUCAUUUGAAAAGGACAAAAGUACAAUUUCUGUUGAUUUUCAUUUCUGCCAGUAGAAGAGGUAAUAAACAUUCCGAUUUUAUUUUAGCAAA